GCAACCUUAUAACAAAAGAUCUUCAUUUGGAUACUUGUCAGCAGCUAGUUGGUAUGAAUCGCAAGAAUAAUGAUCAGACGGAGAUGUUUAAGAGAAGAGACGACAUAAUGCCUGUAGAGUAUUACAUCUCGCAUUUGCUUGCAAUAUUUGGAUAUGGUCGAAUCUGGCACGUCGACUCGCUAAGUAAAAUGUUGCUUUCAACGGGAGCAACAACAAUCUUCAUUUUGGGAAAUUUUCUGCUUCUACUCUCGGAAAUUGUGGUACUUAUGAUGAUCAACGAUCUUAAAAUAUUUGCCAAUAUCAUUGGAGUAAUAUGUAUGCAUUUGGUGGGCUUAAUGAAAUGGUGUUAUUGUAUAAAAGAGAGUAGCCAACUUGUCAAUAUUGCGAUAAAGCUGGAAAAAUGCCACGUACUUUGCCAACAAAUCGAUAAUAGUGAAGAAGGAUGUCAAGUAUAUAGAAAUAAAAUGGAAAACGCACGUCGAUAUUCCAGUUAUUUCAUAUAUGGAUGGACAAGUACAUGUAUUUAUGGUAUUCUACAUUGGUGCUCCAAUCCAUUAAUUUUAGGAUUUUGGACAUUAAAGCAAAUGGAUUCAACAAAUCAGACAUUUAUCAUAAGAAGUUUGCCGUAUAUUGGAUGGUAUCCUUUUAACACCAAUAAUAUUCAUAAUUACAUUUGCUUGUAUCUUAUGCAGAUCAUCGGUGGGAUGUCUUCUGCGUUUGGAAUUGUUUGUUUUGAUUGUUUUUAUGUUACCAUGCUAUUAAUCAUCUGUGCACAAUUUCAAUAUAUCAAUACAAUAUUGACAAGAAUCAAUUUCGAUGAUAACAUGCCAGAAGCAAUGUUUAUUCUCGAGAGAAAAUUAAAGAAUGGCGUGAAUUGCCAGGCAGAGAUUUUACAAUUUUUAAACACAUUGCAAACUUUUUGCGGCCCAAUAAUGUUCGUGCAAUGUGUCGAAACAUUAAUUCUUAUUUGUUUAGUCUCAUUUGAAGCAUCAACAAUUAAAAUUGCGAUGGAUAUGGAAUCUAUCUUCAAAUUAUGGGGUUUGCUCGAAUACUUUUUAGCCGCUAAUAUUCAAUUAUAUUUCUUCUGUUUUUCUGCUACUCGACUUGAAUUUUUGGGCUUACAAAUUGCACAGUCUGUAUAUUUUUGUGGAUGGGAGCUUAUCAUUUUCAAAGAGGGAAAAGAUCAAUCGGAAAAUUUAGAAAAUAAUUACAGAAAACAAUUAAAAUAUCGGAAAAGUAUUGGUCAAUUAGUGCAAAUGAUUAUGUUGCAAACACAGAGACCGAUUGUUUUAACCGGUGGUCCAUUUUAUAUACUUCGUUGGAAACUUACAGAGUCAUAAUUGGUUUGGCAAUAUCAAAUUCUCUAAUGCUACGCACAAUCUCUGAUAAAUGAGUUAAAAUCGAUAGACAUUUA